AUGUCACCCAAACCAACAAUAACAAUAAUCGGCGGCGGAAUAGGCGGCCUAACACUCGCAGCAGGUUUACACCUCCGUAAAAUCCCCGUCCAAAUCUACGAAGCAGCCCCAACCUUCAAAGAAAUCGGCCUAGGAAUCUCCCUAGGCCCAGCAGCCUACCGCGCAAUGCCCCUAAUCCACCCCUCAAUCCAACAAAUCUACAACUCACUCAUAACAACCCACGCAGACAGUCCAGGCUACGAAGAAUACCUUCAAACCUGGUUCGAGCUUGUCUGGGCAACAGGCGCACAAGAAGGAGACGUUCUAAUGAAUCUAAAAGCCUUACCAUCCGGCCAGACGGCGUUGCGGAGAGCGGAUUUCUUAAAUGCGCUUGUUGAACUUGUCCCCCCACAGAUCGUGCAUUUCCGGAAGAGGUUGAGUAGCCUUGUUGAGAAUGAGAAUGGCGUUGUGUUGGGGUUUGAGGAUGGGGAGGUUGUUAUUGCUGAUGUUGUUGUUGGUUGUGAUGGCAUUCGGUCGAGGGUUAAGGAGUGUAUGAUUCCCGUUGAAUCGUUCCGAACGAGGCCGGUUUAUAGUGGUAUGUAUGGGUAUCGGGCUGUUUUGGAGAUGGGGGAUAUGAUUGAGGCGGUUGGGGAGAAGAGGGCGCGCGUUGCGACGAUCUAUGUUGGACGGGGGGCUUACGCCCUUUCGUAUCCUAUUAUGCGGGCUCGGUUGGUUAAUGUUGGGAUCUAUGUUUUGAGUAAUGAGGAUUGGGAAUAUGAUUCUUGGGUUAGGCCUGCGAGGAGGGAGGAUAUUGAACGGGAUACGAGGGAUAUGGGGCGGUAUGUGAAGGCUCUAGUUGAGCGCAUGCCCGACCCUUCUCAAUGGGCCAUCUUCGAACAUCCCCAUAUCUCAACCUACACUCGCUCUAAGGUAGCGAUUCUCGGCGAUGCCGCACAUGCAUCUACGCCACACCAGGGUGCCGGCGCUGGUCAGGCUAUUGAGGAUGCUCAUGUGCUCGCGGAACUACUGACUGAUUCCCGUGUUAACUCUGUUGACGAUGUUGUUGCGGCUUUGAAGGCAUACGAUGAUAUUCGUCGGCCUCGGAGCCAGAGGGUUGUCACUAGCAGUAAGGAGAAUGCGGAUAUCUUUUGUCUGUGUUUUGAUGGGGUUCGUGAUGAUCCGGUGAAACUGAGGGAAACGCUUAAUCAACGUCUGAAGUGGCUUUGGGAUUUGGAUGUACAGGAUCAGGUUGAGCGUGCCAGGGAGAAGAUGGUUGAGUAUUUGGAGAUACCGGUAACGGACAAGGAUUGA